AUGCCUGACUACUUCUUUCAUGUCGCUGUUGAAUUAUUCACAGAUCCCACCCUCAAAGCGAAGCAAACUGACCAACACCAGCCUCCGACCCUGUCGUCCUUUUUCAGAGCCUUAAAGCCCUUCACGAACUCUGGAGGAAGACGCGAAUCCCGAGAUCCUCUUUUUGACCGCAAGAAAGAAUACCUCCUCUCGAGCCGUACUCGCCCACAACAACCAGCGCAGUCGGAACAGACCCCUCGUGACAUCUGCCACUCCGAUCCCAAGGAUCACCGUUUAGACACAAUCAUUCUUGAAAGUACAGAUAUGUCGGCAUUUUCUGGCGGGAAUGAGGAGGGUUCGGUCGCCAGCGAAAACAUAAUAGGAAAGGGGAUUGGUAGUGUGAUGUCGGGCCAUCACCUGAAAGGACGAUACGAACCCUUGGAAAGCCAUGAUAGCGCAGAUGGAUGGGGUAUUGUUCACCUCUACAGAGAUGCGGAAGAGACAGCAGGGCUAUACAAGGACUCGGUUUACCGGUCAAGCGACCUCUGGAGCGACGGCCUGCGCAACCCGCCGUCAGGGAAACCACACCCUCCACCAAAAGACGAGGAAUGCACAACUCUGUGCAUCCUUGCGGUUCCAUCAUACAUGACGCCUUCGGACUUCCUCUCGUGGGUUGGUGAGGAUACGAGAAGGGAAGUCAGCCAUUUCAGAAUGGUGCGCACCUCAAGAGCGAACCGCUACAUGGUCCUCAUGAAGUUUAGACACGGCAAGAAGGCAAGAGAGUGGCAGCAUGAAUGGAACGGUAAGGUUUUCAAUAGCAUGGAGCCAGAGACGUGUCACGUCGUGUUUCUUAAGUCGGUGGAAUUGAUUCAAACUUCAUCAUCCGCGGACCAGAGCAUGGGGCCCAGCUCACCUACGACAAGCUAUCCUCGCAUGUCCAAUGAUCCUUUCAUCCCAGCCUCUGCGACAACAAAGCCACUUGCACCACGAACCCCGUCGCUUGUGGAACUGCCUACUUGUCCGGUCUGCCUUGAACGCAUGGAUGAAACCACUGGGCUUUUGACCAUUCCUUGCCAACACGUUUUCCAUUGCACCUGCUUAGAGAAAUGGUCUGGCGGUGGCUGUCCUGUCUGUCGGUACACCCAUGACGACUUCUCAUCGCGACUAGCCUCAUCUAAAUUCAAGAGCAAAACAUCUGCAGGAGAGUACGAACCAUAUGAUGGCCCGCUAGAGUGUGAGGUCUGCCACGUGGAUACAAGCCUCUGGCAAUGUCUCAUAUGUGGGAAGAUUGGGUGCGGCAGGUACGAAGGCAAACACGCGUACGCACAUUUUGAAGAGAGUGGACACACAUUCAGUAUGGACCUCGAGAGCAAGCGGGUCUGGGACUAUGCGGGCGACGGCUAUGUUCAUCGAAUCAUCCAAGACGCCGCGAAACCAGGUGAGAAGUUGGUCGAACUUCCAGGCAGACAACGUGAGCCGACCGCUCUUCAGGGAGAGGAGGAUCUCGAGGUUGCAAAAAUGGACAAUAUUGCACUGGAGUACACACACUUGCUCACAAGCCAGCUGGAAAGUCAGAGGGUUUAUUUUGAGGAAGUCGUCCAGAGAGCUGUGGACAAAGCCUCAGAAGCAACCAAGAAAGCAGACAGAGCGAUAGAGGAGAGUCGCCUCGCUACUGAGAGACUUUCUACGCUGGAAAGCGAACAUGACUUUGUCGCCAAGGGUCUUGUCCCAGAGCUGGAAAAGGAAAAAGCACGACUCGAAAAACGAAGUGCCAAGUUUGAAGAGAUGGCCAGGACCAUCAACCAAAAAUACCAAGAAGAGAAAGCGUUGACAAAGUCGCUGAUGCAGAGGAUUGAGCACUACGAGACUUCACAGGAGACCCAAGUGGAAAAGCUGAAGCAGACAAUACAGAAACUGGAGGAAGAAAACGCCACAAAGGACUUGCUUAUGGAGGGGCUGAGAGACGAACACCGCGAUGCGAUGAUGCAGAUCUCCGCCCAGAGGAAGUUACAGGAGAUGGUGGAGAAGGGGGAGCUGGAGCAAGAGGAUCUGGAGGGCGCUGUCAUCGAGGCCGGGCCCGCUCCAGCUCCGAAGAGAAUCUUGCGCGGAGGGAAAGGAAGAAGAGACUUGAACAGUCCAAGCCAGCGCCUUAACAUUUCCAAAGACCUCCCUCAACAGCAGGCGGCAACCACCUCCAAACAACAAGUAUCCUCUGCCGCCAGAGAUACCCCUGAGGAAGCUCACUCUAUCUACAACGACAUUUUCGGCGAAAGUUCUCGAAGUCAGGACUGGGACGAAGAGAAAGCGAAGAAGAUCCUCGACGAGUGUAGGGCAAGACUGCUCGGGGAGGGUCUACUUGUCCCAUCAGCGCCGACUUCGACCUCCGCGCACGUCGAGACUGAAGGCAGUAGUGACGCCGAGCCUGACGGCGAGGAGGGCGGUGACGAAGCAGCAAAGCCCAAAGGGACUGCCACGAGGAAGAAGAAGGGGAAGAGAAAAGCCAAAAAGUGA